CCCACGCCUAGAGAGGCCAGGCCAGGGUCAGGAGCUCUCCGAUCCGUCUUUCCCUUUCCCCGCGGGUGGGCAUGGUUGCGAAGCUGAUCCUGGAGCCCGCGGGCCGCAGCUGCUGGGACGAGCCGCUACACAUAACCGUGCAAGGCCUGGCCCCCAGGCAGCAGGUCACGCUGCGCGCGUCCCUGCGCGACGAGAAGGGCGCGCUCUUCCGCGCCCACGCGCGCUACCGCGCGGACGCCAGGGGCGAGCUGGACCUGGCGCGCACGCCCGCGCUGGGCGGCAGCUUCGCGGGCCUGGAGCCCAUGGGGCUGAUCUGGGCCAUGAAGCCUGAUAAGCCAUUAGGGCGCCUGGUGAAGCGGGACGUGCAGACGCCUUUCGUGGUGGAGCUGGAGGUGCUGGACGGCCACGAGCCCGACGCUGGGCGGCUGCUGGCUCGGGCGCUGCACGAGCGCCACUUCCUGCCGCCCGGGGUGCGGCGGGUGCGGGUGCGCGCGGGCCAGGUGCGGGCCACGCUCUUCCUGCCGCCAGGUGAGGGGCCCUUCCCUGGGAUCAUCGAUCUGUUUGGAAGUGGUGGUGGCCUUUGUGAAUACAGAGCCAGCCUCCUGGCUGGGCAUGGUUUUGCUGUGCUUGCUCUGGCUUACUUCAGAUUUGAAGACCUCCCUGAAUAUUUGAGUGAUAUGCGCCUGGAGUACUUUGAAGAAGCUGUAGACUUUAUGCUACAACAUCCAAAGGUGAAAGGUCCCAAUGUUGGGCUUCUUGGUUUCUCCAAAGGAGGUGACCUAUGUCUCUCAAUGGCUUCUUUCUUGAAGGGCAUCACAGCCACUGUACUUAUCAACGCCUGUGUGGCCAACACAAUAGCUCCUCUGCAUUACAAGGAUAUGAUUAUUCCUGAUCUUGGCAAUGAGCUAAGUAACAAAAAAAUCACUGAGUCAGGCCUUUUGAAUUUGGUAGACAUCUGGAAAAAUCCACUGGAGGAACACAACCAUCGAAGUCUUAUUCCACUGGAAAAGGCACAGGGACCCUUCCUGUUUAUUGUUGGCCUGGAUGAUCAUAACUGGAAAAGUGAAUUCUAUGCUCAUAUAGCCUCUGAAAGGUUACAAGCUCAUGGAAAAAACAAACCCCAGAUAAUCUUCUAUCCAAAAACUGGCCAUUGUAUUGACCCACCUUACUUUCCUCCUUCUACAGCCUCUGUGCAUGCAAUUUUGGGUGAAGCAGUAUUCUACGGAGGUGAGCCUAGGGCUCAUUCAAGGGCACAAGAAGAUGCCUGGCAGCAAAUUCAAAUUUUUUUUCAAAAAUAUCUCAAUGGUAAAAAAUCUGUCCAGCACAGCAAAAUAUGACUUUGCAAUCAUAGACCAAAUAUCAUUCAUAAAAAUAUUAAUUCUACAAUUUCUGUUAGGCUUGCCAGAACACUUAGGAAACUUUUUAUCACAAAAGCAAACAGCUUCCUUGUCAGGUCCUGCUGGACUCAGCCUUUUCAACCCUCCUUCCUUCGCUGCUGGACCCAUUCCUCUCUCCCCGAACUUUACCCAAUGUAUAGAUUUAAACCUGAUCUUAUCUGUAUAGGAUUAAUCUUCUUUUAGGCAAAAGAAAUGUAAGAAGUGCUUGCCUGACUCUCAGUUGCUGGUCUACCUUUAGCCUUGUGUCUAGUUCUGAGGAUGAGUUUCCGUAUUGUUCUGAAAUCUCAUUUCUCCUUUGGGCCCUAAUUGAUCUAGUCUGAGCUUUGGAAACUUUCCCACUCAGGUCCCAAAAAUAUGGCUUCUGCCACAUUUUUGCCAUUAUGCAUUCCUGAAAAUUUACUCAAGCCUUGUCCCCAACCGCUAGACUGAUGACUGGGGGCAUGUCCCUGUUGAUAUACUUCCUUUAUGUUUACCAUCUGUAUGGAUUCCCAGUCACUAUAUGGUCCCUGCCUGUCAGGAGGAAUGCCCUUGAUGCUAAGAUUUCAGGACUCUACCUUGUGCGGGCCAUGGCCUUCAUCUUUGGAUGUCAUGUAUACCUGCCAAAUCAGACUUCCUCCCAGCACCAUCUUGCUCCUGUUACUUUCCAUGAGGGAAGGACUAGAAUGGAUCUGCUUCAACCCACUGCAGCUGAAGCACAAUCUAGAGUCCGGAGAUACCAGAGCAGAGGUCUUCCCUGAGCACAAGAAAUUUUUUUCUGAGACGUCAGAGAAAACCUGAAGCUUUCUUCACAUAAAAUCAUGGUUUCCUGGGACUGAGGUUUGGCUUAGUGGUAAAGCACUCACCUAGCACGUGCAAGACACUGGGUUUGAUCCUCAGCACCACAUAAAAAUAAAUAAGUAAAAUAAA